UUGUGUUUGUUCAACAAUAAAAUGAAUCCCGAGGAAUACAAUUAGCCUAAUAAUUGUGCACGCAGUGUAUAUGCUAUCUUAUUGAAUAAGCAACUUAACUCAAAUAAUGAUGUAUGUGCUAGGCAUCUCUCUCCAGGUUGUUGUGCUGCUAGGCUGGCUAGCUGCUCAAUGGUUUCCUCCAAAUAUUGCUACUGUUUUCACACCCACUGCAGUACACACUGCCACCAUCAGCUGUGUGUCUCCGCCAGUUCCAGAAAGCCAACUCCUUGCAUACGUACUGUAAAUAUGAUAAAUCAUAGAUUGGCAAGGAAAUCCUCUUCACUGUCCAACUGCAUUGUCACUGAGCUGGAACCAGCAGUAGAGGAUGGCGUGGCCUUAACCCUCCCGUUGUCUCGGCCGGGUCAGAGCGACCCGCUGGCUCGGCCAUGUGUUAGGAGCCGUUCCCCCCCGCGUCCAGGCCGGGUCAGAGAGACCCGGGCCGGCCAUGUGUUAGCCCUCCCGUUGUCCCGGCCGGGUCAGAGCGACCCUCUGGCUCGCCAUGUGUUAGGAGCCGUUCCCCCCCGCGUCCAGGCCGGGUCAGAGAGACCCCCUGGCUCGGCCAUGCGUUAGCAAUGCGUAUGUUAUAACCCCCUCUGCAGUUGUCCAGGCCGGGUCAGAGCGACCCCCUGGCUCGGCCAUGUGUUAGCAAUGUGUCGGCCAUGUGUUAGGAGCCGUUCCCCCCCGCGUCCAGGCCAGGUCAGAGAGACCCCCUGGCUUGGCCGUGCAUUAGCAAUGCGUAUGUUGUAACCCCCCCUGCCGUUGGCCGGGUCAGAGCGACCCCCCCGGGCCGGGCGCGUCAGCGUGCAGUCGGCCGGCCGUAGAGAGGCUACUAAUAUUGUCAGGAAGAAGAAGAAGAAAAAGAAGAAGAAAAAGAAGACGAGGACGACGAUGAGGACGACGGCGAGGAAUACGACCCCGCCGAGCGUGAGGCAGCCGCCGACGCCUCGCCGCGGUCCCGGUUUCAGCGCGGCUCAGGUCCUGGAACAGAUAGCCUCCAGUGUCGACCGAGAAGACGAAGAAGACUUUUGCGAUUCCGAAGAGGAGGACGUUUCGGAAGACGAAGACGGCGAGGAAUACGACCCCGAACGUGACGCGGACGACUCGGCCUUGCGGUCGUGCUCCUCUUUUUCUUCUUCUUCUUCGGAGGAGGAAGAGCGAGAGGGAGAGGGAGACACGGCCGCCGCCCGAGAGCGAGACAGAGAGCCAGAGCGAGAGGACACGGCGGCGGCGGCCGGCCAAGCCCGAAGGGAGACGUUGCUGUCAAAAAACGGCAAAAUCAAAUGGUCCUCCGCGGCCUAUCGCGGCCCGGACCUGCCCCGCGCAGUCCGCCACCCCGGCCCCGCGGUGACGCCUGGCCCUACGGCCUACGCAGCGUCGCGCGCGCUCGACAUCGAGUCCGCCUUCCGGCUGUUUGUCAUGCCGGCGAUAGAAAGGAUCGUUGUGGACAUGACGAAUCUGCAGGGGGUGAGAAAAUACGGCGACGGCUGGCGACCCAUGGACUCGGUCGACCUGCGCGCCUACCUAGGGCUGCUAAUCCUAGCGGGCAUCUACAGGUCCCGGGGUGAGGCCGCGGCCAGCCUGUGGGAGAGCGGCAGGACCGUGUUCCGAGCCACCAUGCCGCUCAAGGUCUUUCACAAGUACUCGAGGCUGCUGCGAUUCGACGACCGCCGGUCGAGACUCGCCGCCGACAGACUGGCGGCCAUAAGAGAGGUCUGGGACCUGUGGGAGGAGCGGCUGCCGGCCCUCUACAACCCGGGGUCCGACUUGACGGUGGACGAACAACUGGUCCCGUUCAGAGGGCGCUGUCCUUUCCGACAGUACAUCCCCAGCAAGCCGGGCAAAUACGGCAUCAAGUCGUGGGUGGCCUGCGACGCCAAGUCCAGCUACGCUUGGAAGAUGCAAGUCUACACCGGUAAGGCGGUCGGCGGAGCCCCCGAGAAGAAUCAGGGCGCGCGCGUCGUCCUCGAUCUCACACAGGGGCUGCCCGGUGGUCACAACGUCACCUGCGACAAUUUCUUCACCUCCUACGAACUCGGCCAGCGGCUCCUCGAGAGGAACCUCACCAUGGUCGGCACGGUGCGAAAGAACAAGCCCGAGCUCCCUCCCGCGCUGCUCCAGUCAAAGGGCAGACAGGUCUCGUCCUCCAGGUUCGCCUUCACGCCCACCGCCACUCUGGUGUCCUACCUGGCAAAGAGAAAUAAGAACGUGCUACUCCUGAGCACGCUGCACACGGAGGCCGACGUUAGCGAUCGCCGCGACCGGAAGCCAGCCCUCAUCCUAGACUACAACCGCAACAAGGGCGGCGUGGACAACCUAGACAAGGUGGUCGGCACCUACAGCUGCAGACGGAUGACUGCCCGCUGGCCCCUGGUCAUCUUCCACAACAUCCUCGAUGUGUCCUCCUACAACGCCUUUGUCAUAUGGCGAGAGAUCAAGCCCGACUGGAUGCCUCGGAAGCGGAACAAGAGGAGGGUGUUCCUGGAGCAGCUGGGAAAGGCACUUGUCAAGCCCUUGAUACAAAGAAGGCAGCGUCUCCCCCGCACCGAAGCCGCGUCCGCGCUCGUCAAAGUCGUGCAGAGUGCCGACCGCGACGCGGCUCCUCCGCCAGCCCGGGAGCACGCCGCUGGCCCGGACGCCGCUGGCCCGGCCGCCGCCCCGCUAGUGGCGAGUAAGAGGAAGAGGUGUCAGCUCUGCCCGCCCAAGAAGGACGCCAAGACACACACGGCGUGCUGCAGGUGUAAGAAAUACAUCUGCAAAGCCUGUUCGCACGCCUACUGUCACACUUGUGCCCUCUGGGCCUUUAGCCGACACGGGACAGGGUGACUCGCCGGGGACACGGGGAGUAGGCAGAAUGGGAGGACAACGGGAGGGUUAUAGCUGUAUGCUGCUGUGGUGCUAAACUGCUGCAGAACUUCACUUGGUAGUUUAUGCUGGUAACAGGUAUCACCAGCCAGCUUCAGUCCAUACCGCACCAGGAGUAUGGAGUUGAGAGUGUGCAGUGCCAUUCUAUUUCUUGACUUGACCACACUCAUUUGGCUGAACUGCCGUUCAACCUCCGCAUUUGAGUGUGGCAAGGAGAGGGCAGCGAGUGCAGCUUUGCACAGUUCUUCAAAUGGAUUUGACCUGGAAGAGUCCGUGUAGUUAUUGACUUCACUCCAAAACUCGACUGUAUUUUCAGUUGAGUCCCACCCAAACAGAUGGAUGUUUCUCCAUUGGAAACAAUUUUAUCAAUUGUUUGGGGCUGGUACCCCAGUAGCUCAGCUACUUUAAUCAUUUCAGCGGUGCCUUUAUUGUGCUUUAGCGUUUCCUUAACACAGAACAAGGCCAUGUUUCUCAAGGCUUCAAGGUUGUCUGGGAGCCUUGCUUGCAGCUCCUUGCUUAAAGCAACAAUGUAGUUGAUGCAUUGUCUCCGGAUGACCUUUUUGUCCUCUGGCGCAAGACUGAGUUGGUACACCGUGCUCUCAAAGGUACCGAAGGUAUGGUGAUGGACUGAGAUGUCCAUCAAUGGCAUCAUUCAGGACAUCAAUUUUUGCCAUAGGAUUGACUACUCUGCUGCAAAUUGAUGUUAAGAGGUGUACCAGAUUGUCCAAAAGCUUGACAGGAUCUGUUUGCUCUCCCUCAAAUGACUUCACUGCAACUUGUACGUCGGACAGGAUUGAUUUCAAGAAUGUCAGGUAGACAUAGUUGGUCUUGUCCAUGUACAUGUCGUGGAGCACAUCCGCCAUGUAGCAACGCUCACUGGCCUUUGUCAACUCAAAGUGGAGUUUCAGUUCUUCCCACUGGCUCGAUAUACGAGUUACCGCAGGUUCAAUCGAUAUCCAACGUGUGGCACACACUUUGGUGAUCUGCAGGGGUUUCUGGCCACAAUUAACUGUGACAUACACCACUUUGUACGCCUCGCAACGUUUUGGGGACAUGGAAAACCAGUUGUAGGUUUCCCUGAUUAAGUACUCAACACUCCUAGGGAUGGUUUCUUUGGAUGCUGCACUGUCAGCCAAUUGUAAAGAAUGGCAUACAUCACGGAUGAGUACCAAAUUGGGUAAUGCACAUUCUUCCUUUAAAAUCAUGUGCACCCCAGUCAUCACGGAUGCAUUAUCAGUGCCAAUACCCUGAAGAAACUGUGGUAAUGUAGACUGCGUUGUGGGGUUGUACGGUCUUGAUUUAGUUAUAUGCUUUGCUGUCGCACAAUGUUUUUUGAUGUCAUACAUUUUUGCAGCAUAUCUGAUUUGCAGUACGCACAGGAUGCCCGUCAAUCAUCCCCAAUUACUGGCUUCAGCCACCCUUUAAAUUCAGGUACAGACUCCCACUCUUUUCUGUACUUCUGGCUGUACAAUUUUGAUUGAGACAUGAUUGAUGUUGAAAGUUCUGUACAAGAUCUCGUCGAACCCGUACUACUGCUGCAGCAGUCAGCCAACAAUGAUUUGCAAUUUGCUGAAAUUGCUGCUGCCUGUGCACGAGCUGAGCGCCUGCUGCUGAUGUCACUCACAAUGCACUUUUGCAGCCAGGCA